CUACUACCACCACCACCACUCUCUUUCUCACUCCUUCGUCCUCCCCUAUCAGCUAUUUGGUUACACGAAAGGCAGGAGAACACGGCAAUCCCAUCACACCGCGACCAACCUCCGAGUUUACAGCAUGCCUUCCACAACCUCUCUGUGUGCUUCCGCCACUGCUGUCGUCCUCGUCGUCACACAGUUGACGUUGUCGUCAGCGAGCACGUCUCAACAUUCGUGUGGCGAGAGCGAAUAUUAUGAUUCUGGCACCGGGAGCUGCGAGCCCUGCUACGACAUCUGUCUGUAUGCAGCUUACUACAAAACGGUACAGGAAUGUAAAGACAACUGUCCAGAUUAUGACGCAAAAAAUGACUGCAAAGAAGAUGAAUACUUUGAUGAUGUGGUUCACAGCUGCACCUCCUGUUCAGAAAUUUGUGAUCAUCAUACACUGACUGACAGUACAACACAGUGUUAUGAAAAGUGCAAAGAUUACAUUGAGAAGAAACCACCAGAAGUUGUGUCAAACAGGAAGUCGGAUGCUCUGAAAGCAUCAGCAACUCUUGAUGGGGGCAACAAUAAGUUGUCCUCAGAAGAUCCCAGCAGUACCAGCAGUUUUAGCCUGGCUAACCCUGGAUGGGUGACAGCCCUGGCUUUGGGUAUUUUGUGCUUCAUCUUAGUCAUCGUUGUCAUUGCUCAACUUUGGAAAAACAGAAGUUCCUACAAUCCUGUCAACAAAGAAGACAUAGAGCCUGGUGCAGUUCCUGACAACCCACAAACACCGGCACGUCCUGUAGAAGAGACCAGCAGUAAUGGAUCAGACCAUUUUGCAUUUCCAGGAUGCCAAAGGGUUGCUUUCAGUGAACUUUCACGGGAUCAAGAAUGCUGAAAUAGAAGUGAAAACACUUUUUAUUUCCCUUUUAUAGAAAUUGAAGAAACCUGUUUGUGAAAACACCAUUUUACAGGCUGUUUAUAUAUUGAGAUUAUAGUACUGGUAUUUGCAGCACUGCGUCAAAAAUGGGUGCUUGCAAUCAUCUUCAUAUCAUCAAAGGUCAAUAUGGAAACUUAAAAAAGCAAUGAAGUACAUUUUUGAAGACAUGUUUAAGUUCUCAGGGAUGCAGUAAGGAUGUUCUUCUCAUUCUUCUCCAAUUUCUUGCCUUGCCUCUUUCCUUUUAAUUUUUACAUAAUGGAGUAUGAGUGCAUGGACACAUAAAUGUGCAUGUAAAAAAUGUUUUUUUUUAACGAAAUGUCUUUUUGAAAUAAAAUAGUGAUUGCAAUUGUGUGUGCGUGCGUGAAGAGAGCAAAUUGAAGGUGGGGAGGUGUGUAGAGAUUUGUUUUCAAAAAGUUGCCAUAAAUGUCUAAAGGCUGGAUCUUCGAACAUUUUAAAAUUAAAAAAAAAAAAAGCUACUUCAAUGAUUUUAUGAACACACUUAUACUGUGAUGCAUUGUGAUGAUCAUGCCAAACAUGCCUGUCCUUUCUUGUGAGAAUAAGAAAAGGAGUGUCUUGUGAGGAAAAUCUCUUUGGACUGUGUGUCUUAUAUUUUACACUCAGUAAAAUCUUUGCGAUGUCAGCUUGUUUCUUUGCACAUUGUACAUUAUCACCUUAAGUCAUAACAUGCAAUUGUUUAAACUGCACUUGUUUUCAUUUGUCUCAGCCAUAUGUUUCCAUGAUAUUUAUAAACUUGUCCAUUAGUUCGUUAUUUACAAUUACUGUUACAUUUCAUUGAGUGAUCGGUUUAUGCAUCAGUCAUGAUGCAAUUAUUACACUGUUAAAAAGUGUUUUUGUGCCAUUCUUAUGUAAAAUGUAAUCAAUGGACAAUUCAGUCACUUUGCAGGGCAAAGUGACUUCUGUUUAUAUGAAUGUGUGAGUGGUGGGACAUAUAUGUUGGUGAGAGAAAGAUUUUUCAGAGAUUAUUUUUCUAUUUUUUUAUACAGGUCAUUGGACAGAUAUAUCAGGACAUACACAAAAUAUGUUACUACAUACAAUAAAUAAACACUAGAAAAAAUUAUUUUUUUAAAUGAUUCAUAACAUAUUCUCUCACUGGCAGUACAUUUGAAAAUCUGAUUAUUGUACUUUUUAAUUAUUGCUUUUUGCAAACAGGGUUGCUGACUUCAUGUUUGUUUGUAUGAAUAUUGACAGUGUGGCUGGCUUGUAGUUUUUGAAGGACAAAAAAGCAUAGUUAAAAACUUUAUUGGAACAUAUGGAGGCAAUGUUGAUAAGUUUUGAACAAUAGUUUGCUGUGAAGAAAAUUUGCUACAAAAUAAAUUAUGCAUUUUAAAA